CAGAGUUGAGCAAACGACACACCGUGUCCACCAUGGGUACGCCCAACGCCCAGACUUGCGAGUCGGACGCGGAGAAGCGCAGCGACAACAACAACAACAACAGACCGGAAGACAAGGGCAGAGCCAAGGCCGGAGCUCUCAAGCCGGGAGGGGCGAGCGGCUCGGCCGUCGAGGUGUUUUACUCGGACAGCGUGGUCCUGGUGACGGGGGCCACGGGUUUCCUGGGCAAGGCCCUCCUCGAAAAGCUGCUGCGCUCUUGUCCCGGGGUCGGGGCCAUUUUCGUCCUCAUACGGCCCAAGCGGGGCCGCAGCAUGGAGCAGCGCUUCGGCGACCUCCUCGAGUCACCGGUGUUCGAUCGGCUGCGUUGGGAGUCGCCGAGCGUGUUGGGCAAACUGCGGCCGGUCAAGGGUGACGUGGGCCUGCCCGAGCUCGGGCUGAGCCUCGAGGACCGGCACAUGCUGAUGCAACGCGUGAGCUUGGUUUUUCACAGCGCGGCGACCGUGCGCUUCGACGAGCCGAUCAAGGCGGCCGUCAACCUCAACACCCGCGGUACCGAUCGCGUCGUCGAUCUUUGCAAGGGCAUGGUCAAACUCGUCUGCCUCGUGCACGUCAGCACCGCCUACAGCAACGCCGAUCUUCGGGACAUACAAGAGAUGGUCUACAGCACGAAAGUGAAGCCACAAACGAUGAUGGACAUGUGCGAGAAUCUGGACGACGAGACGAUGAGCGUCCUGGAGAAGAAGCUGAUGGGCAAGCACCCAAACACGUACACGCUGACAAAGGGCCUCGCGGAGCAGGUUGUCCUCACCAAGAGCAUGGGCUUGCCGGCGGUGGCGAUCGUCAGACCGAGUAUCGUGUGCGCCGCCUUUCAGGAACCCUUUCCCGGCUGGAUCGACAACGUAUGCGGCAUCACUGGUAUCCUCAUGGAAAUCGGCCGAGGGACCGUCCGUAGCAUAUUUUGCCAGCCCCAGUGCGUCGUGGACGUUGUGCCGGUCGAUUACGUCGUCGACACCCUCAUCUGCGCGGCCUGGCACGUCUCGACGACCCGUACCGGCGACAGCUGCUCCUUUCGAGUCUACAACUGCACCAGUGGCAGCUUCAACCCCAUCAAGUGGGGAGAGAUCGGCGGCCUGACGCGCAAAUACGCCAUCCAGUCGCCGAGCAAGUACGUCAUGUGGUACCCCCACGUGACCUACCGCUCGAGCCAGCUUCUUCACAAGAUAGCCCUCGGGGUCCUGCACUUUUUGCCGGCUUUCGUCUUUGAUCUCGUUUUGCGCUGCAGCGGCAACAAACCACAAAUGGUCAAGAUAACAAAGCGCACGAUACGGGCCACCAAGUCGGGGGAAUUUUUCGCCAACAACGAGUGGUACUUUCACGCGGAGAACAUGAAGGAGCUCACCAAGUCCAUCAAGAGCUCGACCGUGGACGGUGGCGCGCCGCGUUUCAACGUCGACAUCACCAACAUGGACUGGGAGCUCUACGUCAACCAAUACGUCCUGGGGAUCAGGAAGUACGUGCUCAAAGACGGCCCCGACAGCCUCGACGGCGCUCGGAGUAAGCUCCUCAAGCUUUAUUGGAUACGCAGGCUGACUCAGCUGAUUGGCCUCUACUUGCUCGUGAAAAUCAUAACCCGCGCCGCCGUUCGGUAA